AGAUUAAAGUGUUGAUGCACAAAGGUCAAAGGUCACGUGGCCGUCGUCAUGGUGAAGCAGCAGCGGAGGACAGACAGGUGUUUUCUACCUGCAGCAGCGCAGGUUCGAUUCCCAGUGGGUCGCGUGCAGAGGAGGUCGCCGCUGACUCAGCAGGUUUCGGGCAGGAAGUGGGCGGGGCCAGGGGCGGGCUGCGGCUCCUCCGCCACAGAAGAAGACAGAGGUGAUGAAGGGCGGAGCCAGCGAGGAGACGCGGGGUCGGAUGGAGGUUCAGGAGAGACGGAGCCAAAGAGAGCGAGAGUGGACGGACUGAACGACGAAGCCGCAGCUCCGACCAAUAGAGAGAAGCUCCCAGCGUCAUGUGAUCAACCACGAAGUGAGAGCGGCUCCACAGAAGGUGGUGUUCCUCCUCCAGACCAGCAGGAGGCAGCAGAGAUCAGUGAGCUGGGCUCUCUGAAGGUAACCAUCCAGCAGAGCAGUGAGAGUCGUGAGUUCGGAGCGUCGGAUCGAGCAGCAGACAGACAGACAGCUGGACUCCACUGUCACAUCUGUAACGUCACCUGUCGCUCUCUACAGGUAUUUCAGGAACACAUGUCAGGAUCAGAACACCUGAGGAAGCUGAAUGAGAUCACACAAUCCAUCAGCCUCAACACACACACACUGCAGAACAGGGGGCGUCGUCCUGACUCUCAGCGUUGGUGUGACGCGUGUCAGACUAACUUCAGCGGAGACGUCAUCGUCCAUCGGCGGACGGAGCAGCACAGGACGUGUAAGCAGAUGUCUCGUCCUUUCUGUCCUGCGUGUAAACGUCACUUCAGGACGCCGCGAAAGUUCGUGGAGCACAUGAAGUCCUCUGAGCACAAGCAGCAGGUGCAGCAGGAGGAGACGCAGGAGGAGGAGCUGAUCACUGUGGACGCUGUCGGCUGCUUCCAGGAGGAGGAGGAAGAGGAGGAGGAAGAAGAGGAGGAGGAAGAAGAGGAGGAGGAAGAAGAGGAGGACAUAGAACUAGGAGAUGAUGAAGAGGAGGAUGGAGGAGAGGAAGCAGAGUGUAAAGUGUCAGAGGUAGAAACAGCCUGUCAGGCCGCUGACUCACAGGAAACUCACGACGACGGAUUCGACCCCGACACCACCUACGGAAGUAGUUUCGUGGUUCCUGUUUCUGGCUUCCUGUGUCGACUCUGCAACAAGUUCUUCUACCGAGAGACGACAGCAAGACACACACACUGCAGGACACACACACACUACCUCAACCUGCAGGCUCUCCGACAGACGUCUGACUCUGAAACGACGACCAGCUGACCUCACUCUGUAUCCCACAAUGCACCUGUGUGUCCAGGUGAUGGACGGCUGAUGAUGUCAUCGAGCUCUCUGAAGCACAAAAUAAAGACUGUGUGUGUGUGUCUGAGUGAGUGUUUGUGUGUGUGUGUCUGUGUGUGUGUGUCUGUGUGUGUGUGUUGGAUGAUAUGAUGAUGAUCUGUGUGUUGCUGCCAUCUGGUGGCCGUCAGAGGAACUGCAACUAAUAAUGAUUAAUAAUCUGCUGAUUGCUUCCCAAUGAAGAUACU